AUGCCCAUCUCAGGACGCCGAAGGAAUAAGGUCAAGGGCGUACAGUUUACCAUAAUGGUUGUUGGCGCAUCGGGUACCGGAAGGACGACUUUUGUCAACACCCUCUGUGAAACAGAUGUUCUGCAGCACAAAGAACCAGAGCCUGCAGAGACUGCUCAUUUUGAGUCUGGUAUCAAGAUUAAGCCCGCCAACGUCGAGCUGGAAGAAGAUGGUAUCCGCAUCGCUCUUACUGUCGUGGAUACACCUGGCUUCGGAGACAACAUCGACAAUGAACAUGCGUUCCAAGAGAUCAUGAACUAUCUUGAACGUCAAUACGAUGAUAUUCUUGCGGAACAGUCGCGAAUCAGGCGCAACCCUAAAUUUCAGGACAACAGAGUCCAUGCUUUACUGUACUUCAUCCCUCCCACUGGUCACGCGCUGAGAGAAAUGGACAUUGAGUUGAUGAGACGGUUGUCCCCCCGUGUUAAUGUUAUCCCGGUAAUUGGGAAGGCCGACUCCCUUACACCGAAGGAACUUAAGGCAUUCAAAAAAAGGAUCAUGGAAGACAUCAAUUACUACGAGAUUCCAAUUUAUAACUUCCCUUACGAUGUGGAAGAAGACGACGAAGAAACUAUUGCCGAUAACAUGGAAUUACGGGCCUUGUUACCAUUUGCCGUUGUCGGUUCUGAAGAGGAAAUUGAAAUUGAUGGCGAACCUGUUCGAGUCCGAACAUACCCUUGGGGUAUCGUUGAAGUCGAUAACCCUCAUCACUCCGACUUCGUCCGGCUUCGCGGUGCCAUGUUGGGUUCGCACCUUAAUGAUUUGAAGUCUAUCACCGAAGAUAUUCUUUAUGAAACAUAUCGCACCGAGAAAUUAUCCAGAGGCCCAGAGUCUAAUAUUCGCGAUUCGCAAAUUCUUCCUUCAGAACUUGCUACUCAGAGCGUAAGGAUCAAGGAGGAGCAGCUUCGCCGAGAGGAAGAGAAGCUACGCGACAUCGAGAUGAGGGUUCAAAGAGAGAUCAACGAAAAGAGGCAGGAACUGUUGGCAAAAGAGGCCGCCCUUAGAAACCUCGAGAGCAGAAUCACAUCUCAAGCAGGUGGCCACUCUUUCUAA